AUGAGUGAAAGCUCUCUGAGAGAGUAUGAGCUGCAGUCUCUGGCUCCUGUCUUGGACCCGGGGGUCACCACGGGGCUCCUGCUGGCCCCUGACAUCGAGCAGAGCACAACCAUGUGUUUUGUCGGGCUCCUGAUGGUCUUUUUAGUUUUCCUGCUGGUCCGUUGUUUCCGGAUUCUUCUGGAUCCCUACAGCAGCAUGCCAUCCUCGUCGUGGUCUGACCAUAAAGAUGGUUUGGAGAGGGGACAGUUUGAUCACGCAAUGGUGUAG